AUGAAAGCAGUGGUGCUUACCGAAGAGGGUCUGGCGCUUCGCGAGGUGCCGGCGCCCGAGCCCAAGCCAAACGAGGUCUUGGUCAAGGUCGCCGCCAGCGGGUUGAACCGGGCGGACCUGAUCAUGGCGGCCGGGAGGCCACACGGGGCGCUCGGCGGUGCUGGCGCGAUCGCGGGGCUCGAAUGGGCCGGCGAGGUUGCCGCCGUCGGCGCCGAAGUGCCCGAGUUCCGGCCUGGCGAUCAGGUCAUGUGCUCGGGCGCCGGCGGCUAUGCCGAGUACGCCGUCACCGACUGGGGCCGGGUGUGCCCCGUGCCCAAGGCCACCAUGCACGACGCGCUGGUCACCAACGGCCGGCUCGCCGCAGGCGAGUCCGUGCUGAUCCAGGGCGCGAGCUCCGGUGUCGGGCUCAUGGCAAUCCAGAUCGCCCGCCUGAAGGGCGCCGGCGCGGUGCUUGCCACCUCGCGCGAUGCCGGCCGGCGCGCCCGCCUCACCGAGUUCGGCGCCGAUCUCGCCCUCGAUCCCGGCGAUCCAGGCUGGGUGGAGCAGGCGCGCGAAGCGACCGGCGGCAAAGGGCGUUGA